GGCUUAACAGCGACCAGCCCUGCCAGUUUUGCUUUUUGACCGGCAGCGUAAGAGACGUAUUAGCUCCGCCUUAGCUGCGAGCUCUUCCGAUAAAUGCACUUGGGUGGGGCGAGGUGAAAAAGAAACAUCCUAGUAGUAGUUUGCUUGGGCGGUGGGCGGCUCCGAGAAGCAACAUGAGCGGCGCCGGCGAUUCACUUACCUUGGACUGCAUUAUCCACAUCUUUUCGUACUUGGAAGUACCAGAUCUACUCAGAGCAGCCCAAGUGAAUAAGACAUGGAAGGAAGCAGCAGAAACCACUUUUCUUUGGAGAAAUAUGUGCCUAAGUCGGUGGGCCUUCUGCAAUGUCUCAGUAACCCCAAGAAUGCAGACUUGGAAAAAGUACUAUCUCCACCGCAGCAAGCUUGAGAAUAAAAUGGAAUCGGGGAGACCUUCAGCUGACUAUGUAUGUAAAGCCAUGAGAGGACAUGAAGGACCAAUAAAUACUAUGGCUUACCUGUCGGACAGUGACCACAUGUUUGGCACAGAAGAGGUCAAGUCAGUUGUGUGUACAGCAUCGGUAGAUGGCACUGUCAGGGCAUGGAACGUCCAAGAGGGUACACAGAUUUGGUCAAGUCCCAAACAGGAAGCACUAAUAGUAAAUAUGAUCACUCUCCCUCAUUACAAGUUGGUGGUUACAACAGAUUCGUGUGGCAUGAUCAAACUCUGGCACGGAGACACAGGAGAAGAGCUUGCAGCAUUUUCAGCAUCAGCAUCCUCAUAUUGCUCUUUAGUUGCCUAUGCAGUAAACAAUAAGCCAUUCCUCACAGUAGGUACCGAAGAAGGUAGACUCUAUACAUUGGCAGCUACUGAUCUAAGCCAGAUCUCAUACACAAAAGCGUUUCAAAACUGUGGCAUGAAUGUGUCACUUUGUUCCCCAGAUGGGCAAUGGAUUGUUGUUUUCCCUACUGAUUAUGCUCAGUCACCACCAAAGGUGCUUUACACCCAUUGUGCAACUAAUCCAGAAGAUGAUGAACUGAUGUUAACUAGUCCUCUACCAGUGUCAAAUCAGUGUCUUGUAUCCUGCUGGUUACCAACAGAAUCAGCAAGAAUAGCCAUACUGCAGAAAGAGCGACUGAAUUUUCACAUCACAAGCUUCGAUAUAGUCAGUGAAAAGUCUAAAUAUAAAUUGAAUAUCACAGCUCGGCAGGUUGCAAACUUCACAUUACCAAGACGAGAACAAUGGGUGCCAGAGAUGAUUAUCAAAGGACAUGGCAAACAAACCAUUCUUAUAGCAUCAGGACUGGAGCUGAAAUUAUAUUCUCUGACUGGGACUGAAUUAAAGAUUUUCCAGGAUCAUCACAAGAUUAUCACAUCAGUCUGGGUGGAUCCUUUUCAUGUUAUCACAUCAUCCAUGGAUCUCUCACUCCGUGUGUACUCCUGGAAGAAUGAGAACAAAUCUUCUUCACUGGUUAGUCUCUAUCAGUUACUCGGAGGAUCCCACAGAUGGUCAAGUGGCUUCCGAAGUGCGGCUUGUGACAAUGUCAGCAUCGUUGGUGUUGUGGCUGGAACUGAUGGGAGAGACUACUUAAGAUCAUACUCCUUUAAUUUAUAAGAUUUAAUAUUUGACAUUCUCAUUCAUCUAACAAUCAGUCUCGACAAACUGUAUAACAAGUCUACAUAUGCACAUAAUGUACAUAUGUCUAGAUGAAUUAACAUGAAAUCUUUUAUAAAGGAUUAUCUGAAAACAAGUAAAAGCCAAGCUUUUAUUUUGUACUAAAAAUUAUAGCUACCUUUUCUACACUUGAGUCUUAAGUCCAGGAUUAACUUUACACAAGUAUAUUAAAGUUCUAUUUUUACACUGAAA